AUGCCCAGGCCGGGGAAGAGCUCGUACAGUGACCAGAAGCCGCCUUACUCCUACAUUUCCCUGACGGCCAUGGCCAUUCAGCACUCGGCCGAGAAGAUGCUGCCCCUGAGCGAUAUCUACAAGUUCAUCAUGGAGCGGUUCCCCUACUACCGGGAGCACACGCAGCGCUGGCAGAACUCCCUCCGCCACAAUCUAUCCUUCAACGACUGCUUCAUCAAGAUCCCGCGCCGCCCCGACCAGCCAGGCAAGGGCAGCUUCUGGGCGCUGCACCCGGACUGCGGCGACAUGUUCGAAAACGGCAGCUUUCUCCGCCGCCGCAAGCGCUUCAAGGUCCUGCGCCCUGAGCAUCACCUGUCCGGCGGCGGUGGGCCCGGCGGCGGGGCCGGCAGUGGCGGGGCAGGAAAGCCCCCUGCGCCUGCCCCGCACAUGGUGCACUACUUCCACCCUCACCCGCCGCCGCCACCUCCCUCGGGCAAAGUACCGGGGCUGCCGGGCUCCGAGGCGGCCGUGGCCGCCGCCGCAGCCGCUGCGGCCGUGGGAAGGCUGCCACAGUUCUCGCCCUACGGGAGCAGCCAGCCUUCGGGCUUCAAGCAUCCCUUCGCUAUCGAGAAUAUCAUCGGCAAAGAUUACAAAGGUGUGCUGCAGGCCGGCGGGCUGCCGCUGGCCUCGGUGAUGCACCAUUUGGGCUACUCGGUGCCCAGUCAGCUCAGCAGUGUGGUGAGCUCCAUGUGGCCUCACGUUGGGGUGAUGGACUCCGUGGCCGGCGUGCCUGUGUCCUCCGACUACGGACCUUUCGGGGUGCCCGUGAAGGCCCUCUGCCACCCGCCGGCACAGACCAUGCCCGCCGUCCCGGUGCCCAUCAAGCCCGCGCCAGCCAUGCCUGCUGCCCCGGCCAUCCCCGCUCUGUCGGUCGCCGCCUCGCAGAUCUGCCCUGCCGCUUCGCCAGCCGCUGCUUCGCUGCUGGAACAGACCGCCAGCAGCACCCCCGAGGGCAAGGGCUCUCUCCACUCCGUCCUGGUGCACUCCUAA